UUAUUUACCAUUCUAUCAUUUCUGUUUAUGAUCAAGAAUCAUGUUGAACUAUGCCGAAGGCAAAGAAAUUCAACAGCAAACCGUUCCUGAGUGGUUUAGCAGUCCAGAAAUCGAUCUUCCUCUUUUGGACUCACUAAUCGACGACAACAACGAGCUAGGUACAGAUGCCGUCCUCAAGAACACUUCGUACAACUGUCUACUGAAACCUUUUGAGAUGGAAUGGGUUUUCGGGUUCGACGUAAACGUGCCUGUGAUAAAUUUAAGCGACGAAGAGAGGUGCCAGAUUUUUUAUACAGCGUCGAAUAUCGGUAUUCUGUAUAACUACUGUACCAAAACAAUGAACCAUCUAAGAGGACACCAAAGCAAAAUUGUUAGUGUGUGUUUGGAUAAGACCGGGCAGUGGUUAGCAACAGCUGAUAAUGGUCCAGACAACACUAUUAUGAUAUGGGAUACACAUAAAGCUACUAUGGUGUGGACGAUCUUCAACCACCCCCCAAGCGGUAAUAAUUUACUCUUAAUUGGUAUGAGCCCUAGCGCAAAACUGCUAGUAAUCAUCAGCGACCAAGACGAAACUACCAUCGAGUUUUGGUUGUGGACCUACGGCAAAGACGCACCCGAUGAUACCUAUACCAACGAAAACAACUUGGGGGCACCCAAAUCCAUCGAAUUCCAUCCAAAUAAAGAGCAACAUUUCAUGAUCGUGUUCGAGAAGUCGGUUUUGUUCUUUUGCUGGGACUUCGAAAGUAAUAAAGUGACCAAAACUAUUCACCCUAAGACUCCUUCAAACCUCCGCGUUGGUCACUACUCGGAUGCUACUUACGUUAAUCAUUGCCACGAAUCUUUUGUUGCUUCUUCCAAAGGUAGUAUUCUGGUUUUUGGAACUACCAUCUAUGCUAGAAAUUAUGCCGACGAAGCGAUUGACAAUGAAAAAUUCUACGUGAAGUGUAUCAAAAUCAGCAGGGCGUAUAUCAACUGUCUCACAUCCAUAGACCAAUUAAUUGUGACCGGAGAUUCCAACGGUACGAUAAUGUUUUUCGACAAAUGCGUCAAACUGCUCUACUGGAUUUCAAGACAAAUAACCAAACCCAUCAAAUCCAUAAGCUUUAAGUUAAACCCACGAAAAUAUAACCUGGUCCAUCAGGAAACAACCGACACACCAGACAACGCGGAAGAUACAUCCAGUGGUCUCAUUAACGAAUGUUUUGUGGAUUUUUCUGAUGAGUACGAACGCCUGAUUCUUGAACAAGUACCGAGAGACGCAACCCUGGAGAACCGUCCAUUCAUCACAAGAGAUUUCUUUAUAAAAACAGCGGACGGUACUAUGUAUUUGAUGAACGUCAUAGAUCACCGCUUGUUGCCUAUUUUCCCUACAGCGGACAGCAACGUGGCAGCGAUUGAUGUCCACGAAGAAAUGCCUUAUCUAGUAAUCGCGUAUACCAAAGGCCGUAUGGUUCUUUUCAACUACGAGACGGAGCAAGAAGUCCUCACUACAUUUCUACCCGAAACCGACCCCGAUGCUUUGAUAACAACCGUCAAGUAUUCUAGUCAAUGUCUACAUCUAGCCUGUGGGAGAAGCAACGGCGAACUGUGGUUUCUCCAGCCGGUUUUACUAGCCCAGAUUUAUGUGGAUCCGUUCAAAUUCAGCAACGACAAAGUAGUCAGUAUAGCGUUUUCUCAAAGUUCUUUGCAAAUGGCGUAUUUUGACUCGAAUAUGACAGUAUUUGCCUUUUACUAUGACACGGAUACCGAAGACUGGAUUUUUAAAGGGAAAGUGCGCUCUCACUACAAAGACAUCUGCAACAUGCUCUUCUUGGAUGAAGACCCUUUUGGUCUUUACACCAUCGGGAAAGACAGACACCUCAUCAAAUACACAAACAUCGCCGACAAUGACGAAGAACUCGACAUUUUGACUCGAGAUCGAAUAGAGCAGAAAGAUAUCCCGAUGUAUUUUAUCCCUUAUCCCAGAGGGAAGUUCAGCAAGAGUGGCUAUUUUUUGAUAGCAGAUGAUAAGCAUAAAUACAAAGCUAUAAGCUCGAGGACGUCCAUGUGCACGGCUGUGUAUUUAGGACCAGCUUAUGGGUGCUUCAAGGACAGCCACGUUCGCAAAAUGGAGUUUCUGCCUAAAUCCAACAAGAAGUAUCUUAUUUUCAUGACUAAGAAACAUUUCGGGAUCCAGAUGAUGCCAGUCGAUGGUAACCCGUUUAAAUUUGUGGGUUGUCUUGGUCACCCCGACGAAAUUGCAGAUUUUAAAAUUUCGAAUGAUGGACGACACGUAUUUACUGUGGGAAAAGACGACCGGACUGUGUUUAUGUGGAAAGUUAGAACCACGAGUGUAGAAACCAUGCACAUAUUGGGUGGUUUGGAACUUCAACCCUACUAUUGUCUCAUCGAAGGGGGACGAGGUGGUUUUCUGUAUCAAGAGAUGCGCGAUCUUUUCUACUAUAUGCAAAUUUUGCAACAAGGGGAGCAAAUAUCGGCCCCCAGGACCGUUACGAACUAUAUCAACAUAGGUGAAUUACCCGAUUUGAUGAGAGCUUGUGGGUAUUACCCGUCAGAAUACGAGAUUGAAAAUCUUUUGACCGAUAUUCGCUACAAACUAUUCGAUGAUAGCGGCAUUCUCAAAGACAAAGUCACAUUUUGUGAAUUUGUUAAGCUUUUUAUUAACCAUAAGCCGGCGUACGGGUACACUAUUGACGCUCUGGAGGAAGCUUUCGAGGCGAUUACUACGUUUACGGACGAAUAUGGGGGUUCAGAUAUGCCUAGAGACGACUUUAUUGAAGCUUUGACCACAACAGGGGAGCAAGUCAGUACUGAACAAAUCUACAGAUGUUUCGCCACACUAUUGCACGCAGAGACUACUUCGGGCGAUUUGUCAGGCGAAAGAGACUUCGGUUUUAUGCCAGACUCAAUUGAUUUUGAUUUCUUGGCCGAAGAUGUUUUGGGGUUGGAUCUGGACGCGCUUGAGCGUGGUGGUGGAGGCGAUGACGACGACGACGACGUACCUUAUUAUUAUUACAGUAACUGAAUAAA